GUUCCGAACAGAACGACCUAUAUAUACCCCCAUCCACAGCCUCUCCGUUUCCCCAUUCCGCAAGCUAUUCUUACGUACCAACCCUUCUUUACAACAACCCUUCUUUCUCUGUCCACGUUUAGAUCUUAAAAAUCCACGCCCAUGGCGUUUAACAGAACCCUAGCUCACCGUUUAUCCCACCUAUCCAAAUCAUGCAACCCCACCCUAACAAACUGCCGCAUCUCUUCCUCAUCCGUCGCCGUGCAAACCUUGAUCCCUCCCGAUCCUUCCAAGGUCGCCCCCGAUCCCGGCGACGACCGCAUUCACCGCAGGUUCCUCCAGUCGCGGCCGAUUUAUCAGUCUGCCGCCACGCCGCCCGAGCUCCGGCCGGUUCCCGGGGGAGUGAAUCUCCUGGAGAGGCUGCGGGGCAUGGACGUUGCGAGGAACCGGGUGCGGUUGGACGGGUUGGUUCCGCCGCGGGAGGCGACGGCGGCGGCGGAGGAGGGGAAGUUGACGGUGGAGGACGCGAGGAAGCUGCUGAGGGCGUCGCAGCUGGAAACGGUGAGGUCGAACCUACGGAAGGUUCCGAAGGAUAAAAUCACGAUGGAAGAGUUUGUACAGAUCUGCUGUGAGAGCAGUGGGGAUAGAGAGCAGGGUUUAGGGUUUGCCAAGAUGCUCGAUGAGUCGGGGACCGUUAUCGUCUUGGGAAAUGUUGUGUUCCUUAGGCCUGACCAGGUAGUGAAAAUCAUCCAGAACUUAUUGCCUGCACCGGAACGGCUCCAGACGAACCACCCAAGGUGGAAGGAACUACAACAGAUGGAGAAGCAAAAGGCCGAGAUUGACAAAAGGGCUGAUGCUCUUGUUCGCAGGGAACUGUGGUGUGGUCUCGGCUUCCUUGUCGUUCAAACAGCCGCGUUCAUGAGGCUCACAUUCUGGGAAUUGACUUGGGAUGUGAUGGAGCCCAUUUGCUUCUAUGUUACAUCUAUGUACUUCAUGGCUGGCUAUGCGUUCUUCCUCAGGACUUCCAAAGAGCCUUCUUUUGAAGGCUUCUUUCAGAGCCGAUUCAGCACGAAGCGGAAGCAGCUUAUGAAGAUUCAUUACUUUGAUGUUGAAAGGUAUAAUGAGCUAAAGAGAGAUUUUAACCCUCACUCGUCAGCAGCCCUAGGAAACGCUUCUUCGCUUACCCCAUCGUUUGAUCAUUCUGAAAUGACGGAAUCUGGUGCUUUACAUUAACCUUUGAGAUUGAACCAAGGAUUUUUACCAAACAAAGAUUUUGGUUGUUUUCCUUCCCAUAACCCACAUUGUAAGAAUUUUGUGGCGGCUUCCUGUAAACGUACCAUGGAGAGUUCGUUUGCCUUAGGUUAACCAUCAUCUGAGUUGAAAAUUUGGUCCUCAUGUAUGAUACAAAUAUACUCCUGGUUUUGUGAUU